AGCAAGGACAACCAUAGCAUCCAUCUCUGUUCGUCUCAUUUGUCCUCUCGAAUUCAACCAAUCACAAAGCUCCCAAAUGUCUAUCGAUUGACGCAGUCGUGUGACGCACUACCUUCGUGUAAAAUAAUCGGAAAUAUGUGUUGUUUUGAUAGAAUAGGAGAAGGAGAAAGGCAAGUUGAGCCAAGGUGUUUGUGAAAACGGUGGAAAAAUUGGCAAUUUGGUGCGAAAUUUACGUAAAAAAGUUGUUGAUUGUUUUGGAAGUUGACAUCAGUAGUGUGAGUUGAAAAGGCGUCCGAAAUCGUGCCAUCUGUUCGAAGACGGGCCUCCUUUGUUCGGUGCAAUCGCGUCCAUUUUGUGAAAGCUGCAGCAGGAGCAAAAUUGCGCCGUUUCCAACUCUGUGAUAAUCAAACGAGGACUUCAUGUUCAUUUUACGUUGCAAAGACUCAACGGUGCAAAAGUGUGUCGUCAGUGCGAUGGCGAGGAAGAAUUCGGAUGGGGGCCCCCGCAGCCGCGCCAAGACGAGUCCCGUUAGGGGCUCCGCCACCUCCCCCACGACGGUAGGGGCCGGUCACUACGCAGGCUGCAAGUGGACCGAACCGCCGCUGCCGUCAGCACUGCCCCCGCCGCCCCAGCACUGGAUGCAGGCGCCGCCAUCGUCGCGUGUGCUGCCCUUCCGGCAGCCCCCAAAGCCCGAGCAACACGACAUCGAGAAUCAGCUCAAGGUGCUGCUCAAGGUGCAAGCUUGACCACCUGAGAUCGCUGCAGCAAAUCGAGGCAGGUGCCACCACCUCAAGAGACAUUUCAUAUCUUUAUAUAGAAAUUUACGACGAGUGAACUAUUGAGGACUAUUCAAAACUAAUUUUAAGUCUGUUGGGAGCGAGUGAACACGACAAUACUAAAUUACGGUUAUUUUUAUUACGCCUACUACAAUGGUCCUGAUGAUUUCGUGUACCUAUGUAUAACAGAUUGUCCUGUUCAGCCGCAUUGUGAUACACAAUCACUACACACAAAUCCAGUGAUUGUACACUAGCAUGUAGACAUAUACUAUAGUUUAAACAUUUACUUAAGUCUAUUUCUGAAUGUGAUUUUUUUCAACUGUUGAAAGAAGAGAAAUUUGAGUUUGUAUUUGUGAUUGUGAGCAGUGCUCAAUAAGUGUCACGAUAUAUGUUUAGUUUCUAAUACUCUGCAGUAACAAAGUAGCAUCCAAACUCUAGUCGAAUGCAUCAAGCGAAAUUAUAACGUCCAUCCCCACCCAUGGCAUUUUAAACCAAUGGGAUGACUGAACACGGGAUCAACGUUACAAUACCUACUGAUGCACACAAAGCUUUAAGCAACUGUAGAUAUGUAUAUGGAGAAUUUUCAACAAGUCAAUUUUAAAUUAUCAGUAUGGGACACAGUACAAAUCACUUGGAUGCUAUUUUGCUAUAACCCCAGAUUUUUAACAUCUUAAGAAAACGUCAAUUCAGACGUGUAUUUUUGUUAAAACGCAGUACAAAUGUGUAAUCACGAUUAAAUUUAAGCUGUAAGAUGUACAAUUCAACACCACAAUCAUGACCGAGUAAUUUUCACCCCUUCGUUGUUGAAUUGUUCGUCACCAUCAUUCAAUGUUGUUUGAGGCAAGAAAGAUGCUCUCAAGUCUUCCAAACUGCCUGAAUAACAAACAAAUUGCAGUGAUGUGCAAUAUACUGUAAAUUAUCUAAGUUUUAUUUUGGUGAUAUAUAACGAUUUUUUUAUGUAUUAGAGAUUCUAUUUUUAUUUUGUAUAUUUCGAAAUGAUGUUUUGUUGGAUGCACAAAAUUCAUACGAAAUUUGUUAAUUUCUAUUUUACCUACUGAGGGGUAUUUAGGAUCUCUAAAGUUAAGAUUUAUGUUAAGUUUUAAUUAGGGAAUCUCAGAUCUCAUACGUUCACUUUUAAAGAAAAAAGAGUCAUCAAUUAUUAGCAAUAUGUAUUUUAACAAAAAUCAUGUACGUAUAUCUCAUCUCCAUCCUACAAUCUGUGAUACCUCGUUCCUGUCCCACAAUAAAAAAUCCCAUUUUACCGAAACUUUCCAGAUUGAUUACCUUUCCCAUCCUUGUAUUCCUUCCAUUCCCGGGGUUCAACCCCACCAA